AUCAUUGCAGAAAGCGGUUUCUUUUGUAGGCUGCAGCGUCGGAUUUCUUCGAUACUUCGUGAAGAAACUAUGCGAUAUUGAACAAUUGGAUUCUUGUUUGAAUCAAGCAGGUGGAGGUGAAGGUAAGUUCAUUUCAAUCGAACAAAAAUGAACAGAGAUAUGAGAGGAGGAGGUAACAAUACGGCUUUUGAUACUAUAACUGCUGCUGCGAUUGUUAUGGCGUCAAAUGAUAAUCGUGUCUCGCAAGAUUUGCCUCAGAAAAAGAGAUGGAGUAAUUGGUUGAAGAUAUACUGGUGUUUCGGCUCAUACACACAAACCAAACGAAUUGGGCCAUCAGUUCAUGUUCCUGAAACCUCAGCUCAAUCCGAACUUCCCCAAGUACCAUCUUUAGUUCCUCAAUUUGCAGCUCCUCCAUCUUCACCCGUAUCCUUCCUUCAAUCAGGUCCACCUUCAUCCAUCCAAUCGCCCGCCACUUCACUAUCACUAACCUAUAUAUCCGCUAACAUCCACUCACCCGGUCCCUCCAACAUUUUCGCAAUCGGUCCUUACGCCCACGAGACCCAACUAGUCUCUCCUCCCGUUUUCUCAACUGAACCUUCAACCGCUCCCUUUACACCCACCACACCUUCCUCCCCCGAGGUUCCAUUUGCUCGAGUUCUCGGCUCCAAUCAUGCAAAAGAUAACAUUGUUAAUGCUGCUAGUUCAAGAUAUUCAUUAAUGUCUUCCUAUGAAUUUCAACCAGGAAGUCCUAUCAGUCAUUUAAUAUCGCCUAGAUCAGCUAUCUCUGGUUCGGGCACUUCAUCUCCUUUCCCUGAUCACGAUUUCGGAAGUUCAAACUUCCUUCAUUUCAAAAUUGGUGAACCUCCCAAGUUCUUAAACUCUACACAUGAUUGGGGAUCAAGGCAAGAAUCAGGAUCCUUAACUCCUAAAUAUAGGGAUGAAAAGGAGGAAAGUGCUGAAGAUGCUAUGAGGCGUUUGGCGAAGAAGUUAUUGGCAGAGGCUGUAUCGUCAUCUUUAAGGAGAGAAACCAUUGUUAAUGUUAAUAAUAACAAGAUUAAUGUCGGAAAAUCCGACGGUUGUGCUGAUCGGUCUGGAAAUCUCGAUCAUUCGACGGAAUUCAACUUUGAGAAUGUUGGAACUAAGGAGGAGAAACUAGAAGAGGAGGAUGCUAAUGAUUGGUCGUUUUUUCCUCCAACAAAACGGGCCGUAUAAGUCACAAAAGACUAAAAACAGACUUUCCUUGAUCACAAUUAACAUUGUUUUUUAAAAAUUUAUUUUUUGUCAAAUUUUAGUUAUUAUGUGACAUAGGUUAAAUAUUGGAAUGCAAAAAUUAUGCCA